GAAAAAGGAGGGGAAGGAAGGAAGGGCCAAGGGAGGGGCAGAAGGAGAGUUGGGAGUGAUUGAUCAAUCACCUUCUAUCUUCAGAGCACGUUUCAUGUGUCAGAGCGUUUUUUGAGUUGGACAUUGUGGAUCGUCGAGGAUGGUAAGGAGAGUCUGAGAAUUUUUACAGUGUCGAUUUGGCGUUCAAAGAGCGAUCAUGGGAGGAGACAAUUCAGGAGGGAUUCCUGAUUACCAGCCAUGGAUCCAGUCUGCCACUGCCCAGGCCGAGGAAUUGCAGCGGAACUUUGUGGAGGGCAAAGAUCAAGCUCUCCAGACGGCCCGCGUCCACAUUGGUCAACUGUAUGAUGUUUCAAAUGAAUCUUACGGCGUCGCCCAGGAAUACUUGCACAAGGCUCAGAGCGAGUAUAAAGUUUAUGAGGACCUGUUUUUCGGCAAAUUGAAAGAGGGUGUUUUGGCUGCUAGAGAUAAUCCGAAUAUAGCAUAUGGAGUUGGAAUUAGUGGAGCUUUGCUCCUCAUGAGGAGACCAAGGCGUUUUUUGUUUCGCAAUACAAUCGGAAGAUUUCAAAGUGAAGAGCAAAUGGUUAUCAGCGCGGAUAAACAAGUAAAGGAGAUGCGUCAGUCCGUCGAUUUGUUGAAGAAUGAAAGCAAGAAGCUAGAGGAACGAGCAAAGCUUGCUGAAGAGGAGCUGACGAGGGGCCGGACAAAGCUGAAAAAUACCGGCAGCCAACUGCGGAGUCUGGUGAAUACGGUCUACAAGACUGAAAGUUCAGCACGACGUCUUAUGGAUGAUUUGAGGGAGUUACCCGGACGAGAAGCUUUGAAAUUACGUGCUGAGGUUGCUUCAAUGGCGUGGGAGGCCAAACAACAGCGAUCGAGUCUCAACAAGAAGGUGGCGAAGAUUGCGAGCCAGUAUGGAGUUGGAAUAUAGAUCUUUUUACUUGCCAGGCCGACAUCAUAGCAUCAAUGUUGGUUGCUGUACAGUUGUGCACCAUUUUGUAUCGUAAGAUGGCUCCUCGCUGGACUGGGUGCAUCCUUUGAUUAGGAUAAUUUGCCCGGUCAUUCAUUCAUUAAUCAUUUAAAAGGAGACGAGUGGCCCCACCACUUUUGCCAUAGAGGGGAUGAAGUAUUCUGCCACGUGUGAUACGCACACCUCGGCAAGAGGUGUACGUGUUUGCAUGGGUCCUUCAAAAGUGGUCCGUAUGGUCCUUGUUUGGAAGCCAGCGAUGACAAUUUGGAUGGAGCAGGACCGCUGCAGCCGUCGAGAACCAAGUGUCAAAUGAGUGAUUUUUGAAGUGAAGCGUGCUGUGUAUUUAAUAAUAAUGGAAGUCGCACAAUUUGCAUUCCCCGGUCAUCCGGUGCAAGAUUCUCGUUUGAGGUCCGGUUGGUUCCCGAAG